AUGAAGAUUCUCGAUGCUGGUACAGAGGUCCUCGACGACUUCGAUGUCCUCAAGUUCAUUCGCGACAAGCGCCUUCAGAUCAAAGCCGAGAAAGAGCAGUCCAAGGAAGAGGGUCGCCCAAGCACUUUCAGGCCCGCAAACCUCAUGAAAGCGUUGCAGAAGCAUGAGGAACAUCUCAACGACAAAGAACGUCCCUUCCUGAAUAAUCCUCGAUACGACAACGAUUCGCGCUACCUGAACAAGCUGAUGCAGACUCUGGGUCCAAGAGUCCAGCUCACAAAGUCCGAGUACUUGGUUCUGGCCAACCAACGUCCGUAUAGACGAUCCCACCUUGCCGCCAUGAUCGAAGAUGCCGAUACUCGCUUCACAACAGAAGAGCAGAACUUCAUCAGAGAUGCCGUGGUUGACAUUCUGGGCCUGUCAGAAUUAGAUGACCCGAACUUGGACUACACCCCCGUCGAAGUCAAGGGUUGA